GGGGCGCACGAGAGGGUCAGCGGGCUGCUCGAGGGAUGUCACAUGCGAAAUAUGCUGCAUUCGUGUUUUGUGAAGCCAACUUAUCGCCUUUGAUUGAUUAUGCUGCGCCUGGUGCGAGAGGAAGCAGAAGGAAGCGACCAGGGUUGACGCUGCGCCUCCCAAAAUCCCUGAUCUGAAUCCCAGAGCGACCGUGGCACCUCCCUGCGUGCAUGACUUGUAAGGGUGUGAGUGUGUGUGUGUGUGAGAGCAAGUGAGCGUCAGCGCUCCCACAUGGCCUCCAUGCAGGACGGGCUGAACUUCACGGCUCCUCCCUACGGCAAGGUCCUGCUGCUGGGCGCUAUCGCUGCUGCCUCAGCCUUCGUCGUCACCAUCCUCAUCGUGGUGCUCUGCGUGGGCUGCCAGAGGAAGGGAAAGACACACAAUGUUCCUGGCGAGGGUGGAAAACACCGUCUCAUGGACAUGGGAAUACUCCGGCAGUCAAAGCUGCGGUCCAUCAGUAAAUCUGACACAGAGAUGAACAAGAUGAACUGCAACGGCAAAAGCAGGCAGCUUCCCCAGAUCCCAUCUGGGACUGGAGAGGACGGAGAGCACACUUACUCUGAGGUGGGCCGACGCUCCUCCACCUCACGUACUGACGAUGCCCUCUACGCCAUGGUAGGCAGGGCAGGACAGACGGACACUCCGGCGCCUCCCGCAGUCCCCGCCAACACCCCGGCGCCCCCAGAUCCCGAUGGUGAUGUGGAGGGAGGGUUGCCCGAACCGGAGGCCCAGGUCAUGACUCCUCCUCAUCCUCCGGAGACAGCCGAGUACGCCUGCGUCAGGAAGCUGAGGAAGGCUGACAAGGCGCCGCAAAAGAGGGACAGUGGGACGGAUAUGGGGGAGCCGCCGGCACCUCCGCCGAGACACGCCCCGCCAUCACAUCCUGCACCUCCUCCGCCUCACCCCCACAGCACGAAGCUGCCCCGAAGAAACAUGGAGGCCUUCAACGUCCCAUCAUUCCCAAAGGAGGUGAUGUUUAUGGGGAACGGGGAGCAGUACAUCUGGAAGCCUCCGGAGGAUGACGAGAUGCUCAUGCACCAAAAUAAAGCCCUGGGACCUCUGGGUGCUCACACGAUGGAGAAUAUACAACCAUCUGCUGCAGUGGUGGCUGAGAUGUACUCCAAAGUGUGCAAACCUGGAAAGAAAAAGAGAGCUAUGCCGGGGUCUCCUCCCUCUAAUCCUGGCUUCCGGACCUUGGGUCGAGGUGACCGGGACCGAGACCGGGAUGGGGGGUUUAGUGUAGUGGUCAAACCGCAGACGUGGGCCCUUCAGGAGGGCAAAGCAAUGGGAGGGCCCCUGGAUGACCACUGCUAUGAGUCCAUUGGGACGGAGGAGUGCGACCUGGCCUAUGAGAACAUGGAGGGUGGCGGCGCCUGGAAGCGAGAGAGGCCCCCUAACACAUGUGCCACCCUUCGGCCCAGGAGGAAGAAAGCCCAGCAGCCUUUGCAGCAGCAGCAGCCCCCUCCGCCGCCGCCCACGCAGCAGACCCCCAAGUUACAGCACCUGCCUGCCAAAGCCCUGCUGCUGCCCGGGGAGAACCUGUAUGAGAGCAUCGGCGACCUGAAGCAGGGCUCUGCCACCUCCAGCACCACCACCAUCUUUACUUUCAACGACGGCAUGGAGAUGUACGUAACAGGGCUCUGAGGCGGUGCUGCACUGUGACCCCGACCCUUCCAACGCAAGGAGCUGAGCUAACACCACGAGGAGUGACGGCUGAGCCCCUGUCAUGCUCCCCCACACAUACUGUUUACAUUCAGUCAUAACAUCAGGCCUUUCACUCGAUGGGGGGUAACGUUGAUCUGUUAUGACCUGGGCUGAGUCAAAGUCCAAUCUAUUGACCUUAAAAGGAAUCCAAAGGUAGUGAGUAUUAAAUGAGCACAAGACCAUUGCAGAGCAAUCUGUAGGUAACAGUAGCACUUCUAUUUUACUGAAACAUGUGCAAAGCACAAUUAAGUAAAAGCCUAAAUUCUUCCUCAACUUUAGCGGGUAAAAAUAUUUUUUUCCUGAUCCUGGCAGGAAUCCUAUUAGGGGAAAAGGCCCAGGAUCAGUGUGAAAUCUUUUGGUAGCACUUAGUCUGUCACGAACAGGCCUUCCCUGUAGUCUGUCAAGAUGUGAUUCAGGACGGAAUUGAAACGAUAGGAAAGGAAUGAAUUACUAAUCAAAAUACUUGAAAGCUCAGGGACCAAGAGAAUCAAUUAAGAGAGUAUUAUAAAGAAAAAAAUUGCACACAUUUUGCAUUCCUCCUAAAAGCUUCGACUAAUUUAAGACCAUAAUCAUGUUUAAAAACCGACCGGAUACUUCCCUCUGUCACGUUUUGUUUCAUCUGACAUGGACUGACACUGUCUCCACUGCCGUCUGUAAAUGAAGUGUUUUACUUUGUUGAUCCUGUUUCUGCACUUUGCCUGCUACAAGUUGCAUGCUUAAAAAGAGAAAAAGACAAAAAAUCAAGCACUGUUAUGUGGUACCUCUAUAUGAAUGUUUUUAUUUUAUUGUCGUUGGUUGUUUUAUUUCAGUUCUUAGUGUGUUGCUUUAUUUCUCUGUAGAGCACAAAGCCAGUUAGAUGAGGAAAGUCUUUGGCUCGGUGGGACUCUGUGCAGCAGAGAGGAGAGGUAGUUUCUCUCACCGUUUGCCUGAAAUUCACAGAGCAGAUGAGACUAAAGAGAACUGCUUGAGUCCUAAAGGUGGAGACAGACCACUCAACCCCACGCACACGUUCUCUUCACUCUCAUAUCUGUGGGCCGCUCAUCUCCAUCGUCCCCGCCUUGUGCUCAUAUGAAUCUGCUUGGGUUUUCACCAUAGUGCAGCUUUGGAAAGCUACAGUAGAACUGAUGUGUAUUAGCAAAACGUCAUGUCUCACCAUCACUCCAUCGAUGAACUCUCUCCUCUCUCUCUGUUAUCAGUGUUAAAAUAUCGCAAAAAUGUGAAGCAAAAUGGUUUCGCUAAGCAGCAGAGCAUCACCUCGAGGAUAACACGCUCAGAUUUACACCCAAACCCGGACAAUAACGGCGUUUUUUUCAUUUGACCAAAUAUCCCCCAGCAAACAAUGUGAUUAUACUGUAUGUUGAUGCAAUGUGUAUGUACAUUACAAAAGAGAAAGAAUAAUAAAUAUAUCAUCAGUGUCAAGAAAUCUAUCUUUUUCUAUUAUGUUUAAUUGUGUUUUGGAAUGACUUAUCUUGUGACACAAACUGCAAAAACAGCUGCAAUGUAAAAAAAAUCUCCAGUGUGUUCUGUUUGUUGUUUUUUGAAGCCAUGAAGCUACGGUGUGUUCUUGGAAAGCCCGGCUAAGUUUUAAUGUGGCAGCUAAUGUUGUGUGUUUGCUCUUCAGACUUACAGGGUCUUGUACUCAGAAGCGUGUAAUUAAGUGCUAAGUGCAAAAGAUUGUAAUGUUUUAUAUCAAGAUUACUAUUCAUGAAAUGUCAGUCAAGUUU